AUGGCAUCGACAAGCACACCUUCGACACCCACACUCGCGUCGCGGCCGCUGCAAGGUCGGAACGUGGUCGAAAUGAGCCCCAGCUCGUCCACCGGCUCACGGCCGCGAGCCGACAAACGACGAGCCAGCAAGCUGCGCGACUACUACGGCCUCUCCUCCGAGACUCCCACCACAUCACAACCAAGCACGCCCAUCAUCGGCGAGUCGAGCAGCAUCGCUCUAGGACCCAAGAUCGAUCUCUCCUCCCUCCUUCGCUCGGGCAGCCUCAGCACGUUGCUCGGCAAAGAGUCCGAGCUCAUCGUCCAGAUCCGCGAGCUGGACGGAGAACGACAGAGUUUGGUGUACAAUCAUCACCACGAGCUGGUCGCUGCCUCCGAUACGAUCCGGAACAUGAAGAUCAAGUCCGAGUCGCUCGAUCCGUCGUUGGACUCGCUCAGAUCGUCGUUCGAGAGCAUGUCGAAUCUGGCGAGCAAUCUCGAGGUGCUACGCAGCAGUGCUAGAGCGAAGGCGGUGGAGGAGUCGGCCACGGGAGGGAUCGACCGGCUGCACGACCUGGAUCCGAUCGUGACGCUACCAGCGAGGCUGUCAGAUCUAAUCGAGUGUCGAUUGGACGCGGCUGAGACGGGGGAGCAGAGUGCGGAGGCGAGGAAAAUGGGACUAGCGCAGGCGGAGCAUUUGUGGGGGACAAUGGAGCCGGUUUUGGCGGCGUGGACGGAUGCAGGUGUGUCAGGGGUGAGAGAGAUUGCAGCCGAGUGCAGGAGUCUGCUCAAGGAUGGGAGGAAGGCUGUGGGAACGAGCUCUGCGAGUCGAUAG